CUCAUUUAACGCAUUUAUUUUCCAGGAUCAGAUGUCUAUGUACACAAAUAAUGUAAAAUAAAAAUAACCAAACUUAAGUUUGUUUCUCUAAAUUAAGAGAUCAAACCUAUAAAAUAUACAAAAUCAUUUUAAAUCGAAAAGCAAUGAAAUAAGAUAGCCUUCAUAUGAACAAAUAAUUUGAAAAUAUUAGUUAUCUGAUUAGAAUACAUGAUUAGAAGUUUACAACAAUAACAUGAUGAUGUUAUCAAUUUCCCAAAUGUACAAUCAUUGUGCUUUGUUUUCAGAUGAUUCAAUUAAAUAUAUUAAAGCAUCUGGGAAAACAUAAUCUUGUUUCUAUUCAGGUAAAAUGAUUUUGAAAUUUAAUUGAAUUUUGCAACAUUUUUCCCUCUUUACUCAGGAAUCCUUGUGAUGUAUUACUCUUCUCUAAAAGGGACAACUGCCGACAGGAACGAAAAAACAAUUGUUCAUAAAGUCUCCUCAGCAGACCUAGAAGUUCAGAGGAAUUGCAGCUACUAAAUGUGGACAAAGCAGACUUUUGGGGAGGAUUAAUGUAACUUAUCAUUUUGGCAAGAAACAUAUUGAUACGGACAUUUAAUAUCUUCUUCUACAUCUCUACCAAAAUCUAGUAUAAUUUGUAGUGUAUGCACAUUCUAAUAUUUCAAGGUUGACAUUUUCAGAGGAAAAAAAUUGUCAAGAAAUCCCCAGAACUGUCAAGAGAAAUGUAAACCUAGCAUUUGUAAACCUUGAAUUAAAAAAAAAUAACUAUCCAAAUCUGCCUAUACUAAAAGCAUUGUGUUUGGGUUUUACUUCAAUUUCUUCGGUCACAGGAUGGUUACUUAUGUUUUCAUAUUAGUACUAACACUAGCUUCCUGUGCUGCUAAAAUAAUGCAUGUACAGGAGGGAGGUGAGGUAGAACUUCAUUUUUCAUAUCCAUGUAACAGUACAAGGAUCACACUGCAAUAUGGAUAUAAAGCUCCUUGCUUCAGCUCAAAUCCAUGGUCGAAGUCAAUGCCACCCAAUCAGGAACUUGAAAUUGAGGAUGAAACUGACGAUUGUUGCAUCAAAUUAACAAUCAGUCCUGUUUCAAAAGAUGACGCAGGAACGUACAUUCUGACUGCGUACAGGAAUGGCAUCAGGCUACCGGAAUACCCGAGAAUCGGACUGAGGGUUGCGUAUCCCCCAAGACAGGCUUCCUGCGAAAUAAAUGAUGAUAAUUCGGAUAACAAUGCGGAGUGGUUAUCACUGCACUGUAGAGCUCCACAAGGGACUCUGCCAGGUCAGAUUAUAUGCUAUCAAGAUGGAAUGAGAUUACCCAACAGGAAUGGACCAAGAGAGAGUGGGGGCCAUGUAAGACAGGAGCUCUUGGCUAGACUUGAUGGUUUUGUACGAUGCUGUUCCUCAACAAUAGAUCACAUCAAGGAAGAGCGUAAUUGUACAGACUGGGGAUGGGAUCCUAUGAGUGAUAGGAUCUUUGAGGACAUCUCACAUCUCACACCUGAAGCAAGGUCUACGGAUCAAACAAACCAUCUCACAUCAGAUACGGUCACUGUAAACAUAACAACAACUACUCCUGAUAUUGCUGAAUCAUUUCCAAAUCGCGAAACAGAACCAGUAGAAUAUGCUGAAAGUCAAAGAAGCAAUCUUCAAUGGGUAGUGUCCUUUACGCUAUCAAUGUCCUUCUCUGUUAUCAUAAUUAUCAUUUUAAGCAUUAAAUACCAUCACAACGUAAAGGAGAUGCAGCACUUAAAAAGCAGCUUACCACCGAAAAAUGCCUCACAACCAGGGAACACUUGCUUACAGUCACCAAAUAAAUGUCCAGAUGAAAGCAAUGUGUAAUAUUGACAAUUCAGACCAGGGCCCAGUUGUUUCACAAAGAUUAAGUAUAAUACCGUCAGACUUCAAAUGCCAGGUUAGGUACAAUAUUAAAGGACAAGUCCACCCCAAAAACAACUUGAUUUGAAUAAAAAGAGAAAAAU